GCCGGCGCAGCAGCUGCGCAGAGUUGACCAAGCUGGUCCCGCGUCCUCGGUUCCUGUUGUGUUCAGUUCUUGACGAUGACGGUGAAAACCGAGGCUGCAAGAGGCACUGUCACUUACUCCAGAAUGAGGGGAAUGGUAGCGAUCCUCAUCGCUUUCAUGAAACAGAGGAGAAUGGGCCUCAACGACUUUAUUCAGAAGAUUGCCAAUAACUCCUAUGCAUGCAAACACCCUGAAGUUCAGUCCAUUUUGAAAAUCUCCCAACCUCAGGAACCUGAGCUUAUGAAUGCCAACCCCUCUCCUCCACCAAGUCCUUCUCAGCAAAUCAAUCUUGGUCCGUCAUCCAACCCUCAUGCUAAACCAUCUGACUUUCACUUCUUGAAAGUGAUUGGGAAAGGCAGUUUUGGAAAGGUUCUUCUAGCAAGACACAAGGCAGAAGAAGCAUUCUAUGCAGUCAAAGUUUUGCAGAAGAAAGCGAUCUUGAAGAAGAAAGAGGAGAAGCACAUCAUGUCAGAACGCAACGUUCUACUGAAGAAUGUGAAACACCCCUUCCUGGUGGGCCUUCACUUCUCUUUCCAGACUGCCGACAAACUGUAUUUUGUCCUCGACUACAUUAAUGGUGGAGAGUUGUUCUACCACCUCCAGAGGGAGCGCUGCUUCCUAGAACCACGGGCGCGUUUCUAUGCUGCUGAAAUAGCCAGUGCCUUGGGUUACCUUCAUUCUCUGAACAUCGUGUAUAGAGACUUAAAACCAGAGAAUAUUUUGCUAGACUCCCAGGGACACAUUGUCCUCACUGACUUUGGGCUCUGCAAGGAAAACAUUGAACACAAUGGCACAACAUCCACCUUCUGUGGCACACCUGAGUAUCUCGCACCUGAGGUGCUUCAUAAGCAGCCUUACGACAGAACCGUGGACUGGUGGUGCCUGGGCGCCGUCUUGUAUGAGAUGCUAUACGGCCUGCCUCCUUUUUAUAGCCGAAACACAGCUGAGAUGUAUGACAACAUCCUGAACAAACCCCUCCAGUUGAAGCCAAAUAUUACAAACUCUGCGCGACACCUCCUGGAGGGGCUUCUGCAGAAGGACAGGACAAAGAGACUCGGAGCCAAGGAUGACUUUAUGGAGCUUAAGAGUCACAUCUUCUUCUCCCUAAUUAACUGGGAUGAUCUCAUUAAUAAGAAGAUUAUGCCCCCUUUUAACCCAAAUGUGAGCGGACCCAGUGACCUGCGGCACUUCGAUCCCGAGUUCACUGAAGAGCCUGUCCCCAACUCGAUUGGCAGGUCCCCCGACAGCAUCCUCAUCACGGCCAGCGUGAAGGAGGCAGCCGAGGCAUUCCUGGGCUUCUCCUACGCACCUCCCAUGGACCCCUUCCUCUGAGCAGUCUUAGGGGCGGCUGUGAAGGAUCGGAUCGUAUGUGUGUCUGCAGAUGUUUUAGUUAGCCUUUUGGCGGAGCUGCCAGCUGACAGGACAUCGUUGGAAAGAGAAUUUGCACAUCUCUGGAAGCUCGGCAGCC